CCACGCCUCACACAAUUCCAGCUGCUGAAGCAAGCCGACCGACCGAUCGUACAGUGCAUAGGUUGGCAGUGAUGGGGAGCUAUGGUGGCGACGAUGGCGGAGUGGAGCUGACGGAGCUGACGCUGGCGCCGCCGGGGGAGAGGGCGCGGAGGGCGAGGCGGGCGAGGAAGAGCGUCGAGGCGGCGGCGGCGGCGUUCGUGAAGGUGAGCAUGGACGGGACGCCGUACCUGCGCAAGGUGGACGUGGCGGCGUACGGCGACUACCUCGAGCUCCUCCAGGAGCUCAACGCCAUGUUCUACUGCUGCUCCAUCGGUCUGAUGGACGGGUACGGCCAGUGGGAGCACGCCGUGGUGUACGAGGACGGCGACGGCGACUGGAUGCUCGUCGGCGACGUGCCCUGGGAGAUGUUCGUGUGCUCGUGCAGGCGGAUGAGAGUGAUGCGAGCGUGCGAGGCGAGAGGGCUGAGCGCCAACGCGUGACAUACAAAUUAUCUGCUGCAGAUCUUCGGUACGUGUAGAUAUGGUCUGAACCUUGCAUGUCGCUCCAGUGGGCGUGACAGCGAUGAGGAACCAAGCAAGGAAGGAAGACGAUGACGAGAUUCUGACGAGGCCAUGCAGAUACGAUCCCGUACCUCAACGCGAAGAUCGACCGGCGUGACAUUAGUUGGGAAUAAAAUGUUGGUUGACUAGGAGAAAAAUAUAUGGUCCAGCGAUAUGAUCCUCCUCUUGCUGCUUCUCACACGAGGCUGACGAACGGGUUGACUUAUCGAGAUCCCAAUAUUCUAGUAAUGCUAGUAGUUCAAAGCCUCGUCGUUCCUUGGGUUCUAUCUACUAGUUAAUUCCGUCGGUUGUUUUGUCACAUGUACAUGAAUCAUGAGUUUGUGUACCUCCCAAAUUUUGCUGAAAAAUGUGCUUAAUUCGCCUCGA